AUGAGAGGUGCCGUGAGAGUCUGCAUAAUGCUCCUUCUAGCAACUGUGUCCGACUGUGCGGUGAUCACAGGGGCCUGUGAGCGGGAUGUCCAGUGUGGAGCCGGCACCUGCUGUGCUGUCAGCCUGUGGCUUCGGGAUGUGCGCUUGUGUGCUCCUCUGGGACGGGAAGGAGAGGAGUGUCACCCAGGAAGCCACAAGGUCCCCUUCUUUAGGAAACGCCAGCACCACACCUGUCCCUGCUCACCCAGCCUGCUCUGCUCCAGGUUCCUGGAUGGCAGGUACCGCUGCUCCAGGGACUUGAAGAAUGUCAACUUCUAG